CGCUUUAGUUUUGUUAAUUGUUGGGUUGGUACGUGUUACGUUGGCGAUCGUGUUGUUCAGUCAAUAAAAACGUUUGUGUGAGUUUGUUUUUGUAUUUAAUUCAUUGAAGCAAAUUAAAAAAACGCCACAAUGGCUUUGGCUAUGCAAAGAAAGGCAAACGUUAGGUUGCCCCCAGAAAUCAACCGAAUUCUCUACAUCCGCAAUCUCCCCUAUAAAAUAACAGCCGAAGAAAUGUACGAUAUUUUCGGUAAAUAUGGGGCUAUCAGGCAAAUCCGCGUCGGUAAUACCCCGGAAACUAGAGGCACAGCUUUUGUGGUUUAUGAGGACAUUUUUGACGCAAAAAACGCUUGUGACCAUUUGUCCGGCUUUAAUGUUUGUAAUCGGUAUUUAGUGGUUUUGUAUUAUCAGGCGAGUAAAGCGUUCAAGAAGACCGAUAUUGAGAAGAAACAGGAAGAGAUUGAUAAGAUGAAAUCAAAAUACGGAAUUAAUACGUAAACAUAUUGUAUUGUACAUAAUUUUAAGCUUUUUAAAUAAAUAAUUACAAUGAGAA